AUGGAACUCUCACGGCAGGAGUAUCCAGCCCUGCUGGCCUCUUUGCAACCCAACCAAGCGAUUAACGCUCUCAAUGAUCGCAUACGUAUCAUUAACAAGAUCAACGCGGAUAUCGCGGAUUGGCUCCAGGAACGCCGCCGCGUCGAAGAAGCUUACGCGCAAGGGUUGAGGAAACUGGCGCAUCGACCACAACUCGAGAACGGGGCGGCGCUUGGCAUUUUCCAACUACCAUGGCAGCGCAUCAUCAAUGCCACCGAAGCCGUGGCCUCAUCACACGAAACGUUCGCGCAGAAGAUUGAUGAGGACGUGGAGCGCCCCUUGAGAGAAUACAGCAGCAAGAAUCGAGAAUUGGCAUCGAUGCCUGGCAUCCAGAGUGAUCUCGCUGCGUUGGCGAAGAGCUUCGAAGCGAAUCAAAAGAAGGUGGAAAAGGCCAGGGAGAAAGGCCCCAAGGGGGCGGAGAAACUGGCCGCUGCCAUUUCCGCCGCAGAGGAGAUCAGAGAACAAUGGGAUUCAAGGGCACCUUUUGUGUUUGAGCAACUUCAGGCAGCGGACGAAGGCCGAGUAAAUCAUCUCCGCGACGCGCUGACUCAAUUGCAAACGCACGAAUCGGACCAGGUAGAACGGUGUCGCCAGGCUGCUGAGAGCUGCCUGAAUGUACUUCUCAAUGUUGAGACUGCGGAUGAGAUCAAGACAUUUGCCGCCAAGGUUAAUAGAGGCAGGCCUGUUGCUCCCAGGAGGCAAGAAUCUAUACCCUCUGGCGGGCCAGGAGCACCUCUUGCUCCUCCGCCGCGCAUUCAGGACGAUGCUGCUAGUCAACGCUCGGAGACUUCGGGCCCUGUCAGGACACCUCCUGCUCCGGAGCCCCGCACCACAGCCCUUGGUGGCCUCAAGCGACUAGGAACUGUCAUGGGCAGAAGGAAGAGUGUAGUGCACACCCCUGGAGGAGGGCCACUCUUCGGAGAUAAGAAGCAUCGUAGUCCGUUUGCUUCAUUCAAGCGGGGAGAUUCACGCGACAUGCAGAUACCUGAAUCCCCUACGGAUCGUCCCGGCACAGCUCUAACUACUCAGGAUAGCCAUGGCGAAGCCGCACCGAUCCCAACUGAGAUCCACGAGCGAGAGGUUCCUGGUUCACUGCCGACGAGUCCAGAACCUCAGCAAACACCAGUGACCACGAAUGGGGGAUCAACUCAAGAGGUUCAUAAUGAGCCGACACCGCCUGCUGCUAUGGCUGUGAAUGAGCCGCGAAUCGAUUCGGAAGGAUUCUCGCAACGACCACAGACCAUUGACGAGAUAACACGGCUUCAGCGAGAGGCGGCUGGGCUUGAUGAGCAUGGCAUGAAUCUGACAAUCCGAGAUCAGCCAAUCUUUGAAGAUGAGAACCAGGCUAAACAAGCAAUGGACGAGAUGGCUAAUCAGUUACGUCUGCAAGCUCAACACAGCGGAGUCAGACGAAACGCAGGCACCAUACGUGGUCGUCGCGAUGUUCGUAACACAGUUUUCAUUCCGAACCCUCCGGGUUCGAGCAAUGGACUCCCUGUUCCGCCAUCGGGGUCGGAUGUUUCUACUCCUACUUCACCAAGUCUGCCUUCUAGGCAUGUCACUUCACCCAGCACCGCUACAGAUGAUCAUGCCCUCUCAGAUACAACGUCUAUUCGCUCAUCACACACCUUACACAACAUCUCGGGCCCGGUUUCCCAUCCUGAUCUACACCAACCUGGGCUGAAUGCGUCAAUCGUAGAGACAGUCAGUGCGUGGUUCUCUGAGGGCGCUGUGACCAAGUCCUUUGUUGUAGGAGAACUCGCACUGGCCUACAAUGCAUCGAUUGGAACAACGCCGGAUAGCGCGCGCGUUCGUCUCGAUAAUUUCCAGGUAUUGGAGAAGGUCGCUGCCAACCCACAUUUUGUGCAGGAAGAGAAGGGCUCAGGGGAGGAGAAGAGAGGCGAGUAUAGCGUCCUUCUCUCUAACAUCACACGGUCUUCACCAACCGUGGCUUUCAAGUACCAAGUUCACAUCGACCAGUCGGAUGCUUCGGUUUACUGUCCCGUGAUUUUCAAACCUGCGUGGAAUCUCGAAGAGUUCCAGGCUAGCGUGAUCAUCUUCUACUCUAUGAAUUCGUCAUUUGCCUCGUCGGUAUCAAAGGAGUCAAUCACCAUCAAGAACCUCACCUUGACUGUGAAUUUGGAUACCUCUCCUGAAGAAGGCCGCGAGGCAGCUCAUGCCACGAGUGCAGUUAUGUAUCCCAAUUCUGGGGCCACCUUCCGUCGCAAACAGUCAGCGGUCACCUGGAAAAUCCCUGAACUCGAGGUACGCGCCGGAGCUGAUGGAAAGCUACUUGUUCGGUUUGCGACUUCAACCAGCUGGCCACGAAAAGGCAAAGUUGACGCUAAAUUUGAGCUCCACACAGCAGACGCUGGCUCUCGCUUGGGGAUUAGUACAAUGUCUCAGUCAGAGGACACACCGCAGAAGGGAACCGAUCCCUUCGCAGACGAAGAUGGCAGUCUGCAAGCAUCCGAUGCCGCGCCUGCGUCCUGGAAAGAAGUACCCACUGUCCGCAAGCUGGUGGCUGGGAAAUACGUGUCAUAUUGA